AUGCCUAAAAGCCGACCGGCAACGUCGGGUUACGCCCGCCUGGCCCAGGAAGAAGAAGACAGAGCUAACGACGUGUACGACUAUUCGGACGAUGAUGACCUACACCAACGUCCCGACACGAUAUCCCAAUCCGCCCCCAGAUAUGCACCCAUCUCAUCCCGAGGGCGCAUGCAGGUUCCCAACCUCGCCUCGCCACCCGAAAAUCGACGGCGAUUGAGUGGACACUACCACCGACGGACCCGGAGGAAUUCCGGGGUCGACAUCAAGGCCAUUAAUGCGCGCCUGGAGCGGUGGGCCGAGGAGAUCGCCUCCAAAUUCAAAAUCAAAAAGGUCAAGGGGAAAACGCUUGAGGAGGAAAAGUUGGAGAUCUAUCACUCCGUCUUUCAGCCCCCCGACGGCGUUCGACCGAUCGCCGCCGAGACACUCGAAUCGGACGAAGUGGAAGGGGCAGCGCGGAGGGCUCGAGAGGAGUUCGAGGAAGUGGUGGAAGGGGUCCGCGUGGCCAUAGAGAUGGGGGUCCAUCCCCGGAUGAUCUCGCAAGGCAGCUCCGGCAGUUACUUUGCGCGCAACACGGAAGGGAAGGUGGUGGGUGUUUUUAAGCCCAAAGACGAAGAGCCGUACGCAUCCCGCAACCCCAAGUGGACCAAGUGGAUUCACCGGAACCUCUUCCCUUGCUUCUUCGGACGCGCUUGCUUGAUCCCUAAUCUGUCCUAUGUCUCGGAAGCGGCUGCAUACGUCCUCGACUCUCGUUUGCGGACAAAUCUGGUUCCGUACACCGACAUCGUGUAUUUGUCUUCGAAAUCAUUCUAUUACGACUUCUGGGACCGGCGGAAAGCGUGGAUGGGCAAGAAGCCUCUGCCGCACAAGGCGGGAAGUUUCCAGGUGUUUUUGAAGGGCUACAAGGAUGCCAAUUUAUUUCUGCGAGAUCAUCCCUGGCCCGAUCAGACCAGCUCCGGUUUUCGCGCUGAAGAUGCCCCAAAGCGUAAGAAGCGGCCCUGGAACGAAGCCUGUCGUCCUUCUGGGAUUCACUCGGACGAUGAGGAUGAGGACGACUACGAAAACGGAUAUGUACGCACCCCUUCACCGCGGGAAGAGAGCCGGGAGCGACGAUUCUAUUGGACAGAGAACCUGAAGCAGUCAUUAAGAGAGGAGCUGGAAAAGCUGGUUAUUCUGGAUUAUAUUAUGCGGAACACCGACCGCGGCUUGGAUAACUGGAUGAUCAAGAUCGAUUGGAAGACAGAGGAGGUGUCAAUAGUCGCGGAUCCGCCGAAACCUAGUGGAGUCCAGAAGGAUGACGAGGACGACGAGCACCUUCCUCCUGCUCGCCCUGUGUCAGUCAACUCCGACCGCGCAGCCACUGCUUCUUACCCGUACCGGAGACAGGAGGCAAUGAUGGCGGUCAGUCGUACCGGAACCCCGCUGAACACACAGGAACCCCAGGCGUCAAUCCAGAUUGGAGCGAUUGAUAAUAGCUUGUCAUGGCCAUGGAAACACCCCGACGCCUGGCGAAGUUUCCCCUUCGGAUGGCUGUUUCUUCCCGUGUCGCUGAUCGGACAGCCGUUUUCGCAAAAAACGAGAGACCAUUUCUUACCCCUUCUCACGUCGACAGCCUGGUGGAGUGGUACGCAGAUGGCCCUUCGUCGUGUUUUCUCCCAAGACGACGACUUCAAGGAGAGCAUGUUUGCACGGCAGAUCGCCGUCAUGAAGGGCCAAGCAUGGAAUGUGGUCGAGACAUUGAAGCAUCCGGAUCACGGUCCCCUCGAACUUACGAGGAGAACUCGAGUGUGUGUCUGGGAUGAUUUGGUGGACGUCCCGGUUGCCAUCCCCCUUCGCGGGCCAUCCACCGAAGCCCAGAGACGCAAGGUCCGGAAUUAUGAGCGUUACGAUAAUUACGACCCUGACAAUGAGGAAAUGGACAUUGGCGCUGCCAUGUCACUGGUAUCGGCGCCGGAGCAUGACCUCCUCGGUCUAGGUUCGCCCCCGAACGAGCUGCCUAACCCCAACCGAUUCGAACUUUCUCGUGGCCGUAGCUCUCGGGACUUUGGCGGGCCAAGGGCUCAGAAUGGCAGCCCUGCGACGUUGAACGAUUAUGACUUCAGUCGGCAGAGUAUCGAUGAGAUUAGCAGUGGAAUGGGCCUGGACCAAAGCUGGGCUACACUCCCCCCUCGACAGGGAACAAGGCAUCAAAAGCAGAGUUCCGUGUCUAGUGGGCGCGGCCAAGCGCAUCUGAUUUGGAGUAGCGAUGAUCUGGAAGGAGAUUUAGGAUACGCCGCCGCCGAGGGAAUGGAAGGAAACCAGCGCAAAGUUAUUGUGGAGCGACUAGAGGCUGUCAAGAGCAAAAACCCUGUUUUCACCUGGUGCUAA